AUGGCUGAAACCGCCGAUACAAUCAAAACCGCCGACUCGGAGCCGCAGCCGGAAUCCGUCGGAUCCGCAUUGUCCGAUCAGACAUCUGACGAAUCCUCAAAAGAGGUAGAUCUGAAGAAGGAAGCCGCCGCGGAGACGAAGCCGGGAGGCAUCUCUCUCCGCAUCUGGCCGCCGACGCAGAAAACUCGCGACGCAGUCUUGAACCGCCUGAUCGAGACCUUGUCCACCGAAUCGAUCCUCUCUAAAAGAUACGGGACGCUCAAUUCCGAGGAAGCCGCCGCCGUCGCGAAAUCGAUCGAGGAGGAAGCGUACGGCGUCGCGUCUAACGCCGUGUCGGAUGACGACGAUGGGAUCAAGAUCCUUGAGGUUUAUUCGAAGGAGAUUAGCAAGCGGAUGCUUGAAACGGUGAAGGAUCGAUCUGCGUCGGCUAACGCCGCCGGGAAUGGGAAUGAGUCAAACAACGAGUCGGCGGAGGAUGAGAAGACUGAGGCGAGUGAGGCUUCGAAAGACGAUACUGCUACUGAGUCAGACAAGACCGAGGCUUAA